AUGCCCAAAGUAACGAAAAGUAAUAAUUAUGGUUUUAUUGAAAACCCAAUGAGAAAGGUUUCAAACCCACCACCAAAGCUUACGUUGCCCUUCCCUCCAGAGAUUAGUCCAGAAGAAUUAAUUGUUAAUUCACGAAAAUUGCCUUCGAAACCCCCUAAUGCUUUUUUUAUAUACCGCAAAGUAUAUGCAAAAGCAUUGAUAACUAAAAAUAUGAGAUUUAAGAUGACUGAUGUAAGCCCUUGGGUUUCUAGUUCAUGGAAAUUGGAACCCGAAGAAAAAACUUUCUCUGCCCCGUCUUCAAAUUAUGAUUACAAAGAAACACGAACACAAACAAACUCAUCGUCUUCCUCAGAACAAACCGAAGCACCUAUUGAAAAAUUAUUAACCUGGAGGAUAUCAUAA